AUGAUAGACUCAUUAAAUUCCCUGCAAUCGAAAAAUAACAUAAUUUCCAGUGACCAAAUACAAUUUAAAGUUUAUCAGAUUUCUGAUUGAAUUGAAAUCAUAAAUAGCAAUGACAUCUCACACAUUAACAGAUAUGAAUUAAAGUGCAAUUUAUCUCGUGGAAUUCCUGAAUGCAUAAGAGGAGACGUUUGAGCAUUCCUUUCAAAAGCGAAUAAAUAUAUAGAGCGAUCAGACCAAUUUACAUAUUUUAGGCUCUUCUCUCAAGAUAAUUUAGAAAUUGAGCUCCAAAUCAGGAAAGAUAUACACCGAACUUUCCCUGAGCAUGAAAUGUUUGCUUUUGAAGAUGGAUAUGGCCAGCAAGGCCUUUUGAACAUUCUUAAAGCAUAUUCACAGUUUGACUCUGAAAUAGGAUACUGCCAAGGGAUGGGGUUUAUUGCAGGGAUACUUUUAAUGUAUAUGCAUUCUGAAGAAUUGGCGUUUUGAGGAUUUGUGGGGCUUAUGGAUAAAAAAAACUGAAGAAGAAUAUAUGAAAUUCAUACUCCUGGAUUAUUGGAAUUAAUUAAAAAAUUAUCAUCACGAAUACAAACUGAGCUUCCAAUGAUUUUUAAACAUUUUCAUAAUGAGGGUGUUGAUUUUACUGUAUUUUCCAGAUAUUUUAUUACAAUUUGUUCAUAUCGAGUGCCAAUAAAGUUUGCGGUGAGAAUUAUGGAUGUGUUUUUGCUUGAAGGUGAAGAUGAAUUGAUAAAAAUUAUUGCAAAAAUGCUUGAGCUAAAGCAGAAAAGAAUAUUAAGACUAAAACAAGAAGCGUUGUAUUCUUAUAUUAAUGAAAAUUUAGUUACAGAAUGCUACGAAGAAUUUGAAAUGCUAUUAAUUCUUUAG